AUGGCAGAGCUUCCUAGAUGGAGGUGGAAGGCAGUUGAUGGCCUGGAUAAGAUCCCAUCCAUCAAGCAGGAGUGGCUUGAAAUGGUCACAAUGUAUAGCUUGAUGGAUGCCAAACUCCAAGACUUGUGCUUCUAUGGAGACUUUGAUGCCAUAGAUGACCAUCCAGCUCCAAGCAAGCCUUCUAUUCUGCCUAACAUUGAACUUCCAGAAGAAAUCUUGGACAAAAUUUCAGAUGAAAUCCCAGACCCAUGGACUUGUACUGAGACUCUGGUGGUUGAUUUUAUGGUCAAUCUUCUAGGGGGUUUAGCAUGCCUCUUACAGCCCCUUGCUUACCAGACUGUCUGCAUGGCUAAUGCCUUUGAGACAACCUAUCAAUUUGGCCCACUUCUAAAUGGUCCAACCACUUCAAAUCAUAUACAGUUCCGAGCACACAUAGACAGGAGCAUCUCCUUUAGCCUGCCUCCAGAUAAAAAUCUUCCUGAAAUGAUAAUAUUUGAAGCCAAGCAUGCCCAUCAUGAAUCUGGCCAAGGUGUUCCUGUCAUGGGACAGCAGUCAAUGGAGCAUGUUGCAUAUAUCUGA